GCUCCCGCUGCUGCCGCCGCCGCUUUGGGCGCUGCUUGGGGCCUCAGCCGCUCGCACCAGGCGCCGUUGGGACCUUUCCCGGGGGGCGGAGACGCACGCAGCGGCCGGGGGCUCGGCCGGGCCGUCCCGGCCUGCGCAGCCUGAGAUUUUCUUUGUGGCCAGAUGGGUUUGUAUGGACAGGCUUGUCCAUCUGUAACUUCAUUAAGGAUGACAUCUGAAUUGGAGAGCAGCCUAACAUCUAUGGACUGGUUACCACAGCUCACCAUGAGAGCAGCUAUCCAAAAAUCUGAUGCUACACAAAAUGCACAUGGAACAGGGAUUUCCAAGAAGAAUGCACUCCUUGACCCGAAUACAACCCUGGACCAGGAAGAAGUCCAACAGCACAAAGAUGGGAAACCUCCAUACAGUUAUGCCAGCCUCAUUACAUUUGCAAUUAAUAGCUCACCCAAAAAGAAAAUGACACUAAGUGAGAUUUACCAGUGGAUUUGUGAUAACUUCCCAUAUUAUAGAGAGGCUGGCAGUGGUUGGAAGAAUUCGAUACGACAUAACCUGUCGCUGAAUAAGUGUUUCCUUAAAGUGCCUCGAUCCAAGGAUGACCCCGGAAAGGGAUCUUACUGGGCAAUAGACACCAAUCCGAAGGAAGAUGUGCUGCCUACACGGCCAAAGAAGAGAGCACGAUCUGUUGAACGGGCUUCAACUCCAUAUAGCAUAGAUUCAGAUUCUUUGGGAAUGGAGUGUAUAAUUUCGGGAAGUGCCUCUCCAACUCUGGCAAUCAACACUGUGACUAACAAAGUAACAUUGUACAACGCUGAUCAGGAUGGUAGUGACAGCCCACGCAGUAGCCUUAACAACAGUCUCUCAGACCAGAGUUUGGCGUCUGUUAACUUGAACAGUGUUGGAAGUGUGCAUAGUUAUACACCGGUGACAAGCCAUCCAGAACCAGUCUCUCAGUCACUGACUCCUCAACAGCAGCCACAGUACAACCUUCCAGAACGAGACAAACAACUGCUUUUCUCAGAAUAUAAUUUUGAAGAUCUCAGUGCCUCAUUUCGGAGCCUUUAUAAGUCAGUUUUUGAGCAGUCACUUAGUCAACAAGGUUUGAUGAACAUCCCUUCGGAAUCUUCCCAGCAGUCCCACACUUCGUGUUCCUAUCAGCAGCCUCCCAGCAGUACAGUGAGCUCUCACCCACACAGCAACCAAAGCAGCCUGUCCAAUAGUCAUGGCAGUGGCCUCAACACCACUGGCAGUAAUUCGGUUGCACAAGUCUCGCUGUCCCACCCCCAGAUGCACACACAGUCGUCUCCACAUCCGCCCCAUCGACCACAUGGUUUACCACAGCAUCCGCAGCGUCCCCAGCAUCCAGCACCGCACCCACAGCAACACAGCCAGCUCCAGUCCCCUCAUCCCCAGCACCCCUCUCCACACCAACACAUGCAGCAUCAUUCGAACCAUCAGCAUCAGACGUUAACACAUCAGGCACCCCCACCCCCACAACAGGUAUCCUGUAAUUCUGGUGUUUCAAAUGAUUGGUAUGCGACACUUGAUAUGCUAAAAGAAAGCUGUCGAAUUGCUACCAGUGUUAAUUGGUCAGAUGUAGACCUUUCACAGUUCCAAGGUUUGAUGGAGAGUAUGAGACAGGCAGAUCUCAAGAACUGGUCUUUAGAUCAGGUUCAAUUUGCUGAUCUCUGUUCUUCUCUUAAUCAAUUCUUUACACAAACCGGCCUUAUCCACUCACAGAGUAAUGUUCAGCAAAAUGUCUGUCAUGGUGCCAUGCAUCCAGCAAAACCUUCCCAACACAUUGGAACAGGAAAUUUGUACAUAGACUCCAGGCAAAAUCUCCCUCCUUCAGUAAUGCCACCUCCCGGUUACCCUCACAUCCCACAGGCACUCAGCACUCCAGGAACAACGAUCACAGGCCAUCACGGAGCCAUGAACCAGCAGCACAUGAUGCCUUCCCAAGCCUUCCAGAUGCGGCGCUCUCUGCCCCCAGAUGACAUCCAGGAUGACUUUGAUUGGGAUUCAAUUGUGUAGAGCUUGUUUCUGCAAGGCGCGGGACCCCAGAGUCACGUUUCUGUGCAGUGAAGGGCAAGGUUUAAGAGAAUCCAGUUGAGAAGAGUUGCUAAUCACUUUACCAAUGCUAUCAAAAUUUCUUUUGAAGACAAUCAAGAAGAUUUUAGCUGGAUAACCUACUGCUUUUAUCCAACCCAAACGAGUACUCCAUGUUUGUCUCCCUGCCAGCCGCCCUCCGUAGCUCCUAACUGUUGUGUGAUUUAAACAGCUUUUGCAUAUUUGUGUCAGUUUGUUGUUGACCACAAGUGCCAGACUGAUUUUUCAGACAGAGCCUAUUUUGCUGCAAGCAGUUUAUAGAUACAUAUGUGUAAAUAUAUGUACAAAAUUUACUGAAAGGCUUCGAUUUUUUUCUAAUUGGAUUAUUAGAUCUCGAAAAGAAAAUUACUGUGAGUUUUUAUUCCUUGUUAGGCUAUUUUCUGCAGGAUGGUUUUAACUGAUGUGGGCAACUUAAAGGAAAUAGAUUUUUUCAAAGCCUGGUUCCCCUUACUGAAUUUUCUAAGAAAUGUGGGUAUCGAAUCCUACCCAGUAAGUCAGAGAACCCAGAGUUUGGUCAUCUCCGAGCAGUGCAAAGGGCAUGUUGUUCCCGAGCAACACACAGAACUGACCAAUUUUUUUUUCGUGAUGGUUGGAGGAUUAUAGGUUUUAUGUUGUGCAUUGUCAAUGUCUAAUUUCCUAAUCUGCAUUAUAACAGCUCUAAAAUUUAUUUGAUUGAUUAGAAGCUGGGUAUUGCUUGGCUCUUUAAACAAAUCAAUGUCUCCACUUAUUUAUUAUUCAGAAGUCUAACUUUAAUAUUUAUUGCUACCUUCUAUGAAUGCUUAGCUCUAAUUGGGUUCAUUAGGGAUAAAUGGGAUGUCUGAAAGCACAGAAUUAUUUUUCUUGGUAAGAGUUUACAGACAAGACAAUCAGAGAGAUUGUGUUAUUCUCUUUGUCAUCACUCCUCAUACCAUGUGAGUAUAUUUCCCUAUCUUAGCAUUCCUGCUAAUUGAGACUUACUAGCUAAGUAGGACUGUUCUUCUGGAAUUUGAAUCAGAUUUCCUUUGGGCAACAGAAUGGGAGGGCAUUGUUUAUAGAGCAAGUUUCCCCACUCAUUCGCUUCCCACUUGGGAAGCACUGGCAGGAGGACGGAGCCACACACAGAUUCUGUUCGCCUCGGCGUUCAGUGCAGUUGCUGUUAUGGGGCCGCCGUUUCUGUGCUGGCGUGACAGUUGGGUGCGUGCUGUGGAAUGCAGCCCGUCUCUUAGGGGUUUUUAUUAGUUGUUUAUUAUUUUGUUUCAUAUCAUAUCACAGUUACUUUGCAUGGGUUGACUGUCUUAGUUUUAUAAUAAAACUAAAAGAAAUGAGAUUUUUUUAAAUGAAUAGAUUUUGAAUUGGUUCUUAGAGGAAAAAAAGCAGAUUUUUUUUUCAGUUCUAAUGGGGAAAUAUGUUUCAUCAAAUCAAGGAGUAAUAACUACUCGCUGCCUUUUAGCAUCUCAAGUCUCUGUCAUCCAUGUUUAAAUCCCUUUAAUUAGCCUUAGUGGUUCUGUGGUUGAGUAAUCUCUACUUGAACUAAACAUUCUUGUUUCUAUACGUGUGUAUGUGAGAGUGUUUGAAUAUGUGUUGUUUGUUUUUUUUAAUGGAGUGUUGCCUUGAAUGAAUCACUGGGAAGCCGCCAUGGUUAGAGGCUGGUGAGUGGGGGAGAAAGGAAGGGCUUUAUGUUCCUGUUGUCCGGACCCUGCUUGGCAUGAAAAAAGGAAGCUCAGCUCCAGCCCCUUGGAUCAGAGAAUACCAGAAGAUUCUGAAAGGGCAGCCAGCAGGCCCCUCUUAGAUCGAUCAGAGGCGAGAUGAGAUAGCAGCCUGCAGAGUAAACGCUUGACAAAAAGAGAGGGGGUGAUUUUCAGUAGUCUGCUGAAGUCACCGUUUUCUAGAUACCAGAAUGACCCUUUGGAAACUUCUAAUUGCUUGGGCAGCAAUGUGUGCACUUUAAACAGUUUGGGUAUUGGAAUGGAGUCUCUUACAUUGAAUGAUUUGACUAGAAACCGCUGAUGAGGAUUUCUCAAAUUGUGUGAAACUAAUUUCCUGUUUGGCGCUCAUUUACUGAUUUGCAGUGAUGAAUAUUUUUAUAAGAAAUUAAACUUACCAAGAAUGGCCCUGGAGGCAGAGCCUCCAUCCAGACCCUUCCUACUCCUGUGGUUCAGGUGGCCUGGGAGCCCGGGACAGGCCUUCUCGGUGGGCUCCAGCCGGACGGGGCUCCCUGGCGAGGUGCAGAGCAUCCCUCUAGUGGCCAUUUCAUUUGGUAGUUGUUAAUGCAAAGUUCUGUCAGGGGCCUCAAUUGGCUGAAGGCUUUUGGGGAAAAGAAUAAUAAAUGCAUAUAAUGAAACGGGGUACUCUGUCCAGGAGAAUAAUCCGACUGGCAUUUGUGGCAGUUUUUGAAAUGUAAAUGUAUUCAUGUGUGUACCUGUAAAUACAUGUCUCUCAGAUGUCCUUUGAAGUGGGAGGGAAUCAAUCUGGGGAUUAUUUCAAAUGGAAUAGAGUAUUUUGAUAUUGUCCAUUCAAAGGGUGAUGUGUACAUAUCUAUAUUGUAUAUAUGUGAUGAAAUGCAUUGGCUUUUUGUGCAAACACAAUCUGCUCUCUGUACUGCUGUUGGACAGUCAGUGUUUUAAUGUUUCUACAGUUUUGCUAUUGCACGAUUUCAUAUUUUGCCUCUAUGAUGAACACCCAUUCUUUGUAACUGUUUAGUGCUUUAAAGAAAUAUUCCAAGUGUCAUUAGGAUUGUUGGUGCCAGAACUGAUAUGCAUGAAUGGCACUUAAAAUAAAUAUAUUAUGUAAACUCUA